CACCUGCCUGGAGUGUAGCAACUGUCUGCCUAGGUUCAUGUAGUAAAACACAGUCAUGUCUGCACAUCGAAAUGCCGGUGCAGGUCAGCAGGGUUCUCGCACCAAAGUCGCGUGCAAGACCUGCAAUGCGAGGCGUGUGAGAUGCCAUCGACCAUUGUCAGAGAAAACAUGUACCAAUUGUCGGCUUCUCAACCUUGAAUGCGAAUUGAUCGAGUCGAAGCGCGGAAAGUAUCAAAGGAGAACAACUAGAACGCAGCCGAAACAGGGCGCAACUGAUGGGUCUGAGUCUCGGGAUCCGGCCUUGUCAUUUUCACCGGAUGCAUCAAGCCACACACGAUCACCGGGCCAAGGAUCAGAAGCGAAUCGCUAUGCUAGUCCAUCCCUCCCAGACCUGGUGUUCGACCGCAGUUCAGGGAGUGGCGAACGCGUCGUCUACAUGGGAGACUCUGGCAACAUGAAGUAUCUCAUUCACGAGGUUGGCGAUCCCUUCAAAAACCUUGGACGUAGUAAACUCUGGGGCGAUCAUUUGCAACAAAGUCUUAUGGAUCGACUUUCCACGUCAACUCAGCUCAAGCUUGCAGCUCUUCGGACAACGGAUGAAGAGCACUUGCGACGCAUUGGCGCCUUGAAUUUCCCUGAAUCCUCGCUCAUUGACGGACUUAUCAAGGUCUUCUUCGAACAUGUAUACCCCUUCUUUCCAAUUUUCGACAGAGUAGAGUUCUCCGCCGCGUACGAACGGGGUCAAAUAUCACCGCUAGUACUAAAUGCGUUGUUCUGUGUCUCAGCUAUCCACUGUCCUGAAGAACUGACUAGAAGACUCGGAUACGACUCUCGCUAUCUUACUUGCUCGACAUUCUAUCAUCGUGCCAAGGCCCUCCACGACAGCAAUUACGAGACUGAUGGUAUAGCUAACAUUCAAGCAUGCAUCUUAUUGAUGAACUGGUGGCAAGGUCCAAUGGAGCAGAAGGACACCUGGUACUGGUUGGGGGUGGGCUCCAACCUGGCGCAGGCACUUGGAAUGCACAGAGCGAAAUCUUACCAGAUUCUUAGCGAUAAGCGACAGAAGCUCUGGCGUAGAAUUUGGUGGGUGCUGUUUAUCAAUGACAUUCACCAUGCCGCUGUCUUUGGUCGCCCACCACAUAUUCAUUCACAGUACACCGAUGUUCAGGCUCUUCUUCCUGGUGACAUGGAGGCAUCGGAGUCUACCAACACAAAAAAUGAGGAGUCCGACGUCUUCCUAAUUCAGUAUUGUCAACUUGCAAUUCUGGUCGACAAAUGUCUGAUCGGAAAAUACUCUGCAGCUUCAAGCCCGGAGAUGAAAAGUGAGGCUUGGGUGGCACUCAAGGACUUUUCUAAAACACUAUCCACUAGCAAAACUGACACCGUCGGUUCCCUGACCGCCGAGCGAGGCUUCUAUCCUGCUUUACUUAACCUGAUCUGUCUUGACUACUCAAUUGUAGUCGAGCGAAUGUUGCUGUCCGACAUGAACGUCCCAGCUUCUACAGGAAUGCAAUCAUAUUUCAAGUCUGCAGGUUCCAUCUGCCGUUUACUGGAAGAUCUAUUGUCGAGCCCUUCGGUCUUAGUGGCUCGACUCCCGUAUGUCGCGUUUCCGGCAAUCUUUUGUUCGAUACUCGUCCAUAUCAUCUUUCUGCGGAAGGAAUCUGGUAACAUCCGCCUGGUAGCAGAGAGCCGAGCUCGACUGGCAAUGCUCGUCUUGGAUCAGUUGCAGGAUAGGUGGCCAUUUGUUGUAUGGACACGCUACCUCCUCGAUGUGCUUCUAAAGAACACUGAGCCGCCAGCACUAUCGUCUUCAGAACAUGGUCUACAUGAUAAGGUCUAUCGGUCAUCGGAUCUUGCCAAUCAUUCAGGGACGGAAGAUGACGUACUAGGGCUUGCUUCAUUGCCUCCGGAUCUUCAGCAUAUUGUCAACCCUAGUAGGAGCACAGAUCCAAGCGCAAAUUUACAGGACACGCAUUCUGACCAACGCGAUCACUUGCGAUUCGACACUGGAAUGGACGGGACUUUCUCGCCGAUCCCUUUCAUGCUCCCUUGGAAUAGCUUGCUUGAGGAUGUCACAGAGUUCGAUCAAUGGCUCGUAUGAGAUGUAUUGACGAUUUCAAG